UCCUAAAUUUGAAGUCGCUAUGGUUGUAAAAAACAGACAUGAGGCGCUAAAGCAAAGGGUUUGGAAGAACCAGCAUUUCAGGGACACUCUGGAAGAUCUGGACUCUUAUUGGAAGAAGUGGUUACUGUGUUGGGACCUGGGUAUAGUCUUACGGCUGCUUUUUUUCCAUCUCCUAGGGUCUAAGGCUAACUCUGUGGCCAUGAUUCUCACAGAGGACCGCAGAUUUCUGCAUUCUGAGCAAUGUCGUGUGCCGCUGGACUUGUUCUGAGACCCUUUUCCUAAAGGAUGGCCAAGGGGCUCCUGAUGACCUAUGUCCUCUGGGCUAUCGGGGGCCCUGCUGGGCUCCACCACCUGUACCUGGGCAGGGACAGCCAUGCACUGCUCUGGAUGCUUACCCUGGGAGGGGGUGGGCUGGGCUGGCUCUGGGAGUUCUGGAAGCUCCCAAGCUUUGUAGCUCAGGCCAACAGAGCCCAAGGACAGAGGCAGAGUUCAGGAGGGGGGAUACCGCCACUGAGUCCAAUUCGCUUUGCUGCCCAGAUAAUAGUGGGCAUCUAUUUUGGCCUUGUGGCUCUCAUUAGCCUUUCCUUCAUGGCCAGCUUCUAUAUUGUGGGCCUCCCACUGGCAGUUGGCUUAGGAGUCUUGCUGGUGGCUGCUGUUGGCAACCAGACCUCAGACUUUAAGAACACUCUAGGGGUGGCAUUUCUUACUUCCCCUGUCUUCUAUGGCCGCCCCAUAGCUAUUCUGCCCAUCAGUUUGGCGGCCAGCAUUGCAGCCCAGAAGCAUCGCCGCUACAAAGCUUCAGUUGGGUCAGAGACACUCGGUGUGCGGCUCUACCGCCUGGGCUUAGCUUACCUUGCUUUCACGGGCCCGAUAGCAUACAGCGCCCUCUGCAACACAGCCGCCACCCUCAACUAUGUGGCUGAGAUCCUUGGCUCCUUCUUGAGUUGGUUCAACUUCUUCCCCCUCCUUGGCCACCUCAUGGAGUCUGUCCUCCUUCUGCCUUACCGUGUCUGGAAGCUGCUGGUGGUGGAUCUUGGCUUCAGCAGUGGCCAUUUCCAGGAAUGGGAGAAGCUCUAUGAGUUUGUUCACAGUUUUCAGGAUGAGAAGCGUCAGCUGGCUUACCAGGUUUUAGGUCUCUUAGAGGGGGCAACAAAUGAAGAAGUACAUCAGAGAUACCGGGAACUAGUGAAGAUCUGGCACCCUGACCACAACCGGCAGCAGACAGAAGAGGCUCAGAGGCACUUCCUGGAGAUCCAGGCUGCAUAUGAAGUCCUGAGUCAGCCCAGGAAGCCCAGGGGAUUCUAGAGAACUUUCUAGGAGCUGCACUUUCCCCAAGAAGGAACAAGCUGCUGAGGAGGAGGGGAUAUUCCCCUAUCACAGACUCUUCUGCCUGGAGUAUUGUGGAGAGUUCAUGGGUGGUUGGACUGGCUGACUUAUCAGGUCUUCCCCAAAUUUAGGAUCUGAUUCAGAGCUACAACACCUUGCUCUCUGGGAGCUUACAGUCUGGCGGGGGAUAAUCACACAGGUACACAGAUAUCAAAGUCCACUUCGUUCAGUGUUUUGAACUAAGUGUCAUAAGAGGUGUAAAUAGAGUGCAUUGGGAUAUUAGACAAGAGACAGAUGACACUGUUUUAAGAGAACUCACGGAAAAAUUCAUGAUCUUAUAUCUCAUAUGCCUUUAUGGGGACUUUGAAGAAACCCUACGGAACCAGCAGCUUGAGCAUCUCAAAGGAGCCUUACUUAAUUCCCAAGUUACUAACCAAGUGUGGAAGAAACAGUCCAGGAUGCAAAGGAAGACUGGAGACCAGGCACAGGAUGUUAAAAUGAUAUACUUUUACUCCAGCUGUCUUCUUCUUUUUUAUGUGUGUGUAUCUUUCACACUCUUUCUUUCUUUUUUCCUGGAAGUUAACUCUGAGCAG